AUGGCUUCAACACCCAGCAAUUCAAGGACCUUCGCUGCGAACACAAGUCUCGGCUUGAAAGCUAGUCCUUCUCCAUUUCCACGAACCCCGCGACCCUCGAAUAAGAACCGAAAUCCCUACGAGUUGGGAUUAUCGUUGAAGAAAAUAAUUGGAACUACCGUAUCCUCUCCACCAUGCUUUGAUUGCCUUCCUACGUCUCGAAUAUUUGCCUAUACAGCUGGAGCCGCAGUAGUGGUGGUUGAUAUUGAUGAUGAGGGAAAACACUCACAACGUUUCUUCCGCGCUUCUCCAACAGCAGUUGCCGCCAAUGCAGGUAAUGUAGGUUUGGGUGGACCCUCAACGCCAGCCAGCAAUGCCAGCGAUGGCAAAAACGGAAAAGGAUUUCGAGAUGCUGCAAUUCCAUAUGCACCAUCCACCGCACAUACAAGUUUAGAAUCAGGUGACUCGUCAUCAAAGACAUGGUCGAGCAGGGAAAGAAUAAAAGCGGCUACCUGUGUAUCUUUGAGUUCAGACGGUCGCUUCUUAGCUGUGGGCGAGGACAGUUCUUCAGAUACGCCUCUUGCCAUCCUCACUGAGCAUACCUUUGGCGUAGCCGCUAUAUCUUUCAGUCCAGAUGGCAGAUAUUUGGCCAGCUUAGGUAAUGUAAAUGAUGGGUUUCUUCAUGUAUGGUCCAUCAAUCAAAAAGCUGGAACUGUAAAACUACAUUCAAGCAACAAAUGUACUAGUUUCAUCAAGCAAAUGUUAUGGCUUGGAGGGAAUGUAGUUACGGUAGGAACUCGUCACAUAAAAGUUUGGAGGGUUGAAGAUGGCCGAUGUCCCUCACCUAAACAAAAAUUUGCCCUCGACGGCACACCCUUACCAAUACCAGUACAGCCAGCACUUAAAACUCUCACCGGUCGGAACUGUUUACUUGGACCCCUAGUAGAUGCGACCUUCACCUGUGUGGCUUCUUUUUCUGACCACAGGGCGAUUGUCUGUUCAGAAAAGGGAGACGUUUGCCUCCUGGAUAGCACGGAAGGCCAAAAGCUAAUAAAAGUUUUGAGCACUGGAUUUCCUGUCACAUGUGUUGCUAUUGAAAUGGAAACGCGACAAGUAAGGAUAGGAGGCCGUAAUGGUAAAGUCAAAACGGCAGCCUUAGACACCCUUCUGGCUCCCAGCACCCCUCCACUAUCACCCAUUUCGAUAGAUGGAUCUAACGACGAAGUUGACGCUGGCCACCUAUGUGCAAUGGGAUACGCCGGAGGUAAUUUUGUUACGGUUGAUUCUAGGCAUACGAUUGAGAUCUGGGGCAAAUACGACGAUGAUGCGGACCACGGGUUUCAAAAUACACAACAACCUGCACAUGGAGAUGCGGUAAUGGGUGUCCAACUCCUACCCGAAAACAACCAAAUGGGCGCUUCAUUUCUCACUUGGUCUGUCAAUGGCAGCCUUGCCUUCUGGGACUUGCAUGGAAAUAGCAGAGGUUCGAUCACAAUUGGCAUUGAUCAAUUAUCCAUGGAUGAGGAGGCUUCCAAUUCAUGCCAGGUCGUACGAGUAUCGAAGGAAGCUUUAUUCUUGGUUUCCGGAGACAAGCAUGGGAUAUUGAAGAUCCUAAACCCAUCUACUGGUGCAUGUACUUUUGAGACUCGUGCUCAUUCUACCGAGAUUCAAGAUAUCGCUAUCUACGAGGACGAUACAUCAACUAUGAUAGCUUCCUCUAGUCGGGACCGCACCAUUCAAUUAUUCCGUCGAGUGUUCAAUAAGUGGGAAUUAGUACAAACCUUAGAUGAACACACUGCUGGCGUAUGUGGUUUGUUUUUCGCCGAGAAUGGCGAGAAGCUCAUAUCUUGCGGUAUGGACAGGACAAUUCAUAUCAGGCAAAUCGUGAAAAAAGAAGCAGCAGGAGGCGACGUGCUGGCUGCUGUACCAGUCCGUAUCAUUACCUUGAAAGCUGCUCCUGUUUCGAUGACGCCUUGUCUCGGUGCUCAAGUAGGUAACCUUGUGGUGUCUUUAUUGGAUCGUACUGUGGCUACCUAUGAGAUAGCUAGUGGCCGUCUUGUAAACUCAUUUCGGGCCACGGACUAUGAUGGAGCAGACGCUGUCGCUCUAGACUCUCUUGCCAUGGGUACACCUGGUACUCUCUCUGGACGACCUUGUACGAUUCUUGCAGGUGUCUCCACUACCGACAAGUCAGUUCGUAUUUAUGACUGGAAUACUGGAUCUUUCCUUGAUCGAGAGUGGGGUCAUAGUACUUCUGUGUCAGGCGUGGCGCUCCUGGAGAAUACCAAUUCAUCAUCUAGAAUAUUAAUAAGCACAGGUCUAGAUGGCACAAUUAUGAUGUGGGAUAUUGCUUCCAACACGACGGAUCUUUAUCCUCAUCCUCAAUCCGAAUCAAAUGAUGGCACUCGUGAUGAAACACCACCAAAGGAAUCAACAACUUCACGACAACCAUUGAGAAAAGUCUUGCCGAAAGCUGAGCUUGCCGAGUUUCAACGGGCAUCACCAAUGGCUGCACCUGCUGGACGGUCUUCACCCCCUAGAGUAGUUCGACGUAAGACUUCGAAGCACGGUUUAGCAAAUCAAAAUCCCACCUUGUCAAUUCCACCUGUACCGGCUAUGUCAUCCAAACAUUUUGCAUCCGCUUCAGAUGAUUCAGGUCGUAGAACUUCUCCGAGAAACAGAUCCCGCAGUCCAAGCAGUCCUCAAACGAGAGAGGUAAGGCGUCCAUCGACAGCAUCUGUUGAUGUACGCGGUCGGGGCAAAAGUUCCAGCAGUGGCAUAAGUGAAUUUGGAUCACUUAGCAUGGCGACGGAGCAAGCUUGUCGAACACUUCGCGCGUACCGGAAAAAGCUUUUAUCUACCGAAACUUUCGAUGAAGAAAGCCUAAAGGAGUUAGAUCAAGAAUUAAGGCUCACUUCAGUAGCAUUAGGCGACAGAAGUCAAAAGUCCAAAUCCAUCAGUGAGACAGUUCUAGCAGGACUACUUGACCAAUACUCCGACAGACUCGUUUCCAUGUUUGAUGAGAAGUUGAGAUUGAGUCAACUAGGGGCCGGUAGAAUGGUCGAAUCUCCCACUGAGUUAGUCGAACGCCCAAGGACGGCUGAUAGAUCCAGCGAAGAUGGAGAGUUCCUUGACUGUCAUUGA